UGCAUCUCGGAUCGAUUCAGUCAUAUCUGGUCAUAUGGAACGAGAUCUACGUCUUUCAGAAUCAGCUGUUGAAUGUUUUUUUUUUCUUAUUUUGCCAAGUCACCAAACCAGUUCUCAUCAAUUCUUAUAUUGAACUAGAUUGAAUAGUGAAGUCGUCCAAUGACCUAUUGGCUGAGGAUAAACGCGUUUCAUGAAAAAAAGGAAGAAGAAGGAGAAAGACGUUAACUUUGCAGUUUUGACAAGAGAUUGUUUCGAUACUAUUGUGCUACUACAUUUUUAAUGAGAUGACAUUACUGGAAGGUUGAUGAGUUUGUCGUAUGCUGAUGUUUUGUAAAAAUAUCGAGAUUUAUACUUUCAAGAAAUUUGUAUUAUAAGUUUUUGGUUCUUUAAACGGAAAAGAAUAUAAAACAGUUUUAAUGGAUCUAUGUAAGAAAUUUUUUAUUAAAAGCACUGAAUCUCCUCUUGAUGGUUUAGAGACUGAACUUGAAAGAAAAGAACGAUGGAAGAGUAUUUACAUAAUUUAUUUUACUAUGUUUCUAAUGUCACUUGGCUUCAGUAUUAUACUUACUGGUGUUUGGCCAUAUUUAGACAAGUUGGACCCUACAGCAGGAAAAGAAUUUAUGGGUUAUGUGGUGGCAGCUAAUCCAUUAGGGCAAAUGCUGUUUUCGCCUUUGGUAGGCUGGUGGGGCAAUAAAAGAGGAUCAGUGAGAUUACCACUUCUAAUUACCUUGGCACUGUUUACUAUUGCGUCAGCAGCUUACAGUAUUCUUGAAGUGAUACCUGGUGACAAGAAAAGCUAUAUGGUUGUUGCCAGAUUCUUCGUUGGAGUUAGUUCUGCUAAUAUUGCUGUGGCAAGAUCUUACCUAUCUGCAGCUACAAAGCUUUCAGAACGUACACAUGCAGUUUCUAUGGUAUCUCUUGCACAGGUGCUUGGUUUUGUGGUGGGUCCUGCAUUACAAGCUGCUGUAACACCCCUUGGAGAUCAUGGUAUAAUAUUAAUGAUGCUGCCUAUAAAUAUGUACACUGCAUCUGGUUGGAUUAAUGCAAUAAUGGGAAUUUUCAAUUUUAUUUUAUUUCUUCCAUGGAAUUUCAAGGAAUAUAAAAUUGCUAUAAAAGAAGCUAUGCGUAAUGAGGGCAAAGCUACAGAAAAAGAGACUUGGAAAGCUAUAAAACCCGACUAUUUAGCAUCAUGGACUUUAAUUUGUGCAUUUUUUGUUUUGGUUUUUAAUUUUGUUCUUCUUGAGACACUUGGUACUUCUCUCACUAUGGAUCAAUUUGCUUGGUCUAAAAAGGAAGCAUUAUAUUAUAUGGGAAUAUUGAUGAGCAUUGGAGCUAUAAUAGCUUGUGUUACAUUUACCAUGAUUGGACCACUUUGUAAAAAAUUUGAAGAGCGUAAAGUAAUGUUAUGGGGUGGAUUCUUUUUUAUGUUAAUUGGGCGAGUAUUGUGUAUUCCAUUGGGUUCCAAUCCUCCCCAAAUUGCAGAUUUUGGACCGAAUAAUAACAUCACGGUAGAUGUCAAUGGUACAGAGAUCUUAGGAUGUCCAAUUACUCAAGAAUGGUGUUUGUACACUCCACAACUGACAAUUACUCAAUUUUUUAUCGGUUAUGGCUUUACAUCCAUAGGUUAUCCCCUAGGGGUUACUCUGAUACAAACUAUAUUUAGCAAGAUUCUUGGUCCGCGACCGCAAGGAGUAUGGAUGGGCUUGAUGACAGGUGCGGGUUGUGCUUCUCGUGUUUUAGGCCCGGUAUUUGUAGGCCUCAUUUAUACUCGCUGGGGCACGUAUCAUACUUUUGGUAUUACUGGCGCAAUGUUGCUUAUCUCUAUGUUGUGGUUACAAUUUGUAAGUGGUCGGUUGAUUUCACCGGAGGUGGAAAAAAAAGAUGAAGCGCUAAAUAGGCAAGGGAAAGAUGUCGAAAUUCCAUUAGUUCAUUUAAGAGCCGAUAAUACUCAAACAUCGCGUGAAACUGUAAAGUUUAAUGGAAUGUCAGAUUGUGAUUGUGACAAAGUAUAAUGAUAAUAACGAAGUAAAUAUCAAGGCAAAUAUUCUAACGAUAUAAUCAUAAGCUUAAAAUGUUAAAAGAUAAUUUUAUUAUUAAUUUGCAACAAUAAAAUUUGCACACUCCAUUUACUAUGCUAAGUUUUAUUAUUUUAACAUUUGAAGUUUAUGAUUAUAUUCAUUAGAAUAAGUAAUAAUGAGGUUGAGGUAAGAAAAUUAUCUCUGUGAAUACAAUAUAUACAACUGCCAUAACAUAUGAUAUAUAAACACCAACAAAUGUUAUUCUGCUAACAUGCACAUAAAUUCAUUCAUA